AUGUGUGGUGACAAACAACAGUCGGGUAUGGAGGACUUUGGACGUGACCGAGGUGAAGGUCGGGUGUAUGGGAAAAGUCGGGAUUGUAUGGAGGACUUUGGAUGUGACCGAGGUGGAGUUCGGGUGUCCGGGAGAAUUCGGGAUGGUUCUAGAAGACGAGGAUUCAGCGUUGUUAUGAGUGAACGGUAUGAACAAACCGAUGAAGGGAUCGGACAAGGCACAUACAGCAAUGUCUAUCGUGCUCGUGAUCUUCGAAGUGGUAAAAUAAUGGCACUAAAGAAGGUCAAAUUUGACAAUUUUCAACCCGAAAGUGUCAAGUUCAUGGCUCGAGAGAUCAAAAUUCUUCGAAAGCUUGAUCAUCCCAACGUCAUGAAAUUGGAAGGCAUAAUCACGUCUCGCUUAUCAUGCAGCAUAUAUCUCGUUUUCGAAUAUAUGGAACACGAUCUCGCCGGACUCUUAUCAUCUCCCGACGUCAAGUUUACCGCAUCCCAGAUUAAAUGUUAUAUGAUGCAGUUAUUGAAAGGAAUUGAUCAUUGCCAUUCACGAGGGAUUAUACAUCGCGACAUCAAAUCCUCCAAUAUUUUGGUCAAUAAUGAAGGUGUUUUGAAGAUUGCAGAUUUUGGUCUUGCGAAUUUCUAUGAUUCUAUGAGUAGGCAGCCAUUAACAAGCCGUGUGGUGACCUUGUGGUAUCGUCCUCCCGAACUUCUCUUAGGGUCAGCAAACUACGGGCCUUUUAUUGAUAUGUGGAGCAUUGGGUGUGUUUUUGGCGAACUUUUUGUUGGUAGACCAAUCCUCAAGGGGAGAACCGAGGUUGAACAAUUGCACAAGAUAUUUAAGAUGUGUGGGACUCCUUCCGAUGAGUAUUGGACAAAAACCCGUCAUCCUCUUGCGGCAAUGUUUAAACCUCAAUUCACUUAUGAAAGCAGUCUACGCGAAAGGUGUAAAGAACUCCCAAGAACCGUAGUCGACCUUAUCGAUCAACUUCUUUGUGUAGAACCCGAGAAACGUGUCACUGCCAACUCCGCCCUCCAAGUCGAGUAUUUCUAUACCAAACCUUACGCGUGUGAUCCUGCAAGCAUGCCUAAGUACCCGCCUAACAAAGAAAUGGAUGCAAAAUCCCGUGAGACAACACGAAGAAGAAAGUUGGCUGGGAGGGUUAGAUCUUCGGGGGGUUCAAGAAACCAUAGAAAAGUCCACGCAGGCGUUCCCGAGGGUCCAUAUCACAUGAGAUCACGAGAAUCCGUUCGUCCAAACGCGUCAUACAACACCUUGUCGGAAGCAUCACAAAUGACCGAAACUUUACAAGACGAUAGUAUUUGCACACAGUCGGCUCAAUCUACCACAUCGGAUGGUACCUUUAUGUAUGCAACAAAAAGGAGAAAUCUUGAAAAAAGGCAUUCUAUACAAAGAAUAGAUUCUUUAUACUCUAGUGAAGUAUACAAGCCCGAGGAGUUAUUAUCAUCCGAACGUAAAGAACAAGAAAGGUUUAGACACAUGGGACCGAUGCUAAUUCAAUCGCGUAAGCAAAACGAAUAUUACAGUCGUGAUGGUGUUCGUAGAUCGCGGUUUUCUAAAGAUUCAGACUUUUAUUAA